AUGCCAUCAUCAUUGUCUUUCUUACUAUAUAAAAACUCAGAUUUACCGUUGAAAACUCAGGCGAGAAGCAGUACAAACAACAAUCGUGGUAUAAAUUCUUACCCAUACACGAACAGUGCUUUAGAACAUCCGACUAAAGUUAAUGCGAGUUAUGUUUCAAACUCUAACGGUAUUACACAGGGAAGAGAAAGCCUUAGAAAUCGAUUAGCUCGAUAUUCAAUAGUGUCCGAUAGUAUUUGGAGAAGACAUAAUAUACGAAAUGAUAUUAAAUCAGUUAAGCCUGAACCAUUGAAAAUGGCAUCGAAUGAAAACUCAUUCGUAAGUGCGAAGAGACGUCGAGAAGCUUUUUCUCCUUGUUGGAGAGAAUCAGCAUCGGAAAAUUUCGACUCAACUACAUCGAUAUCUAAUCUUCCUACGAAUACGAAAAACGAUCGCACUACUGUCCAAUUUCCGAUUCAAUCAAAUUCAUUACCACUAUCAAUGACUUCUCAUUCGACUCGAAUACCAGAAAAACGACAAAUUUCAUCAUUAGAUCCAAAUCCAGUUCAGUUCUUCGCAACAGACGACCAAUCGAAACAACCAUUACCUAUCAUUCGUUCAAAAAUCGUUUCUUCCUCGGCAAACAAUCCGUCUCCAUCGAAACUGAAUCAAAACCCGUUGUCAAGUAGCGAUGAUAAUAGUGAAGACGAAGUAGAAACCAAUAACUUAAAAGAAGAUGACUUGAAACGAAAACUAAAGGAAGAAAAACGACAGAGUAAACGAACAGCAGAAAUUUUACAUAAACUACAUGAGAACUACGAAGAACUCUUGGAAAAAUAUGCUCAAGCGGAAAACACGAUUGAUCAACUACGUUUUCAACCGAACAAUUCUCGAUUUCUAUCAAAAUCUAAUGGAAUAUGUCCUUCCACAAGUGAUCCACCCUUAUCAUCGAUACAACCAGAAUCAUUAUCCACAACAUCAACUAUAAAAAGUAAGUAG